AUGGUCCGUGGGAAAGAAAUCAUCAGUUUGCAGCUGGGGAAGUCGGCCAAUGAAGCGGGUGUUGCUUGGUUUAAUUCCCUGCUGCAAAGGAGGCAGAAGGAUGAGGCUGGAGAUGAGAAGGAUCCAUGGGAUGAAGACAAGAUUUUAUUGAGGGAAAGUAAAGAUUUUGGCAAGUUGCCCAGAGCAGUUAUGGUCGAUUUGAAAGAGAACAUAGGAUAUCCACCCCGCAUAGAAAAAACCUCAGAUUCUGACCAAAAUGAGCCAAUGUCUCAUUGGACUGGAGCUGUUACAGUUCACGCCAGCGAACCUGAUGUUAUUGGAAGUGGCUGGGCAAAGGAUGCACUGUUCCCCUUGCCAGAGAAAUCUUUGAUACAAGUGGAAGGUUUUCCAGAAGAUUUCCAGAACAGCUUUGAGAAAGGAGUUGAUGUGUGGGAAAGUGAGCAGUUCAAGGAUGCCUUGGAAGAUAGUCUUAGGUUUCUUGCUGAGGAAUGCGAGUCUCUGGACGGCAUCCAAGUUACAGUGGACAUGACAACGGGCCUGGCUGGCCUCACCUGUCCAGUCACCAACUUCCUGCGGGACGAAUUCGGGCCAGGCAAGACAAUCCCUGUGUUUCUCUUGCACACGCCCUGCGAUCCCAAGGACGUUUUCGGGGCAGUGAAUGCGAGACUCACUGCUGCUCUCACAAUGGCUGGCAUCCUGGAAACGUCUUCCGGAGUGAUCCCAUUCUGCAACAGCAGCAGUCCCAACAACAACGCCCACUUUCUCGAAACCCUGCUGUCGCCCGACAGAUGUCGCCUGGGCGAGCCAGUCACCCUGGGUGACGCGUUGGUGCAAUGCAAGACUCGUGUGGGUCCUCUGGUUGCCCCUUGUUUCCGGCUUCCUGGUAAAAUCAGUGGUUCCUCGAUGUUUGGAGAAUUGCUGGUGGAAGCUGUUGAAGACACUGCGUUGCCGGACGUGUUUGGGAAUAUUCAUUGCGAGGGACAGGUGAUGAUGAGGAAUUCGUACUUGGUGACGCUGGGGCUGGGAGCUGCGCCUUUUGCUGACCCUGAUGAGUGGCUGCGGGGGUUGCUUGGGGUUCCAGCCCAGGGGGACGCGAGGUUGUUGAUGCUGCAAAAGCCGCUGCUCGUGUCUGCUGCGUUUCCUGCCGAAGGCGUCAUGCAGGCUUUUGCUGUGCCAUCUUCAUCAGGUCUGAAGGCGACUUCUUCGAUUGCUGGUUUGGUGCAAGGCGGACCCGUGUGCAAGUAUGUGAAUGCUGCUGCUGAUUACUGUGGUAAAGUGACAAAGCAUGGCAGAGGCAGGCAGCACUGGCGCAUUGGCCUUGGCCUAAAGUCCCUGGUCAUGGCCCAGGAAGUCAUGCAUUCCAGUGAUGCAGCCUUGCAUCUCCAGCAGCAGCUGCUGCAGCAGAGGCAUCAGAAGGUGCUUUUAAAUGUAGACCCAGAAACUGAGCCUCUGAGUAGGGUUAGAUUUGUGCCUCUCAGACUCUUGCACAUAUCUGUCUACUCCAAGAGGCAGAGUACCCUGAGGGUCAAAUUCCCCAUUCCUGUGAGGAGGUGUAAUAGACCUGGUGGGGCUGCAGGGGUUCUGAUGGAACUGGCUGACAGGGACAGACAGAAUAAAUGGAGGUGUUGGAAAGAGAAGAUUGAGCUUCUGAAUGACAAGGACAUUUAUGCAACCACCUCAAUGUCCACUUGCUCUUCUGAAAUGUUCUUCAACAAGCAGUGCUGCAAAGAUGAAAAUGCACUUGAAACAUGUGGACAGAACUCAUCAGCCAACUGUACCUACUUUGUGAACCAAGGAUACCCUGGUACAGUGACUACUCCAGGCUCUUGUCAACUGGCCAUCAACAAAUGUGGACCAGACAUCUGUCAAAUCAGGUUGGACUUUUUGCAGUUCCAAAUUGGAGGCCCCAGCAAUGACCAGACCAAUUCACCCAACACAGUGGGCCAGUGUUUGAAUGACCAGUUCCUUGUCACAGCUUCAGGAGGCACUUCAAGUCCUGUCAUUUGUGGGAAAAACACUGGACAACACAUGUACCUGGAUGUGAGCAACUUGAACCAAGCCACAGUUUUGACUGUGGUCACCAGCUCUUUGACAGCAUCAUUGACCAGUAGAGCUUGGAAAAUAAAGAUCACCCAAAUCAAGUGUGAAUCCUCUUGGGCAGCAACUAGUGGAUGUUUGCAAUACUUCACUGGGAUUUCUGGUCGCUUCUACACCUUCAACUAUGACAAUGCUCAAGGACAGCAACUGGCCAAUCAGGACUACUCCUUUUGCAUCAGGAUGGAGGCAGGGUUCUGUGGAAUCAGAUACACUCAAUGCACUGAUAAUGCAAACACACCAUCACAGAGCUUUUCAGUGACUGGCAACUCUGCAGCAGGAGCUGGUCUCAGUUCUCAGAUUUCAGAUGCUUGUGCCACACAGCAGGACAAAGACUGGGUCACCAUCCCAUGUGGCACGACCACCUGCUUCUUCAUUGUUGAAAUCCAUGGUGAAAAGGCAUUCAAACUUUUCCUGGAACCAAUAAAAUCCUCUGGAAAGUGGCCACCAGGACUGAGAGCCGCUUCGUGUCGGGGGGAAAAAAGGAUCGAUCGGGAGGAUCCUUGUCAGAUGUCCGUGCGGUUAUGA